UAAUCCUCGAAGAAGAUGGGUCAGAAACAGGAUGUUGCGUCUAAUCUGAACCUGCAGACGGCUGAACAUGAAUAACAUUAAACCUGUUUAUCUUCUGGCACAACCUAAGUAACCGACUGUCUGUCUUUUCGACAGAUCUGCUGAGAUCUCGGACAGCUGGACUUUAAACUUGGUUCCACUCACUGAAGCUCUCCCUUCAUCCACUCAUCAUGGUGGACUACUACCAGGUUUUAGGAGUACGGAGAGAUUCAUCUGCAGAUGACAUAAAGAAAGCAUACCGAAAGCUGGCCUUGAGGUGGCACCCUGAUAAAAACCCAGAGAACAAGGAGGACGCUGAGAAGAAGUUCAAGGAGCUGUCCGAGGCUUAUGAAGUCCUGUCAGAUGCCAACAAGAGGAGCAUAUAUGAUCGCUAUGGCAAAGAGGGGCUGACAGGGAACAACGGAGGAAGAGGGGGCCACUUCCACAACGGAGAUAACUUCCAUGAAACAUUCACAUUCCGCAACCCAGACGACGUCUUUCGGGAAUUCUUCGGAGGCAGAGACCCUUUUGCAGACUUAUUUGGUGCAGAUCCAUUUAGUGAUGAUCCAUUUUUCUGCGGUGGCCGGCGGCACCAAAGUCGGACAAACCGCAACCGGACAGGAAGCUCGUUUUUCGGGGGCUUUGUUGGCUUUCCUCCCUUUAACGCUGGCUUCUCACCUUUUGACCCAGGCUUUGGUUCUUUUGGCUCUAUGAGCCCCAUGGGUCACAUGGGUCACAUGGGUCACAUGAGUCACAUGGGUAACAUGGGUAACAUGGGUAACAUGGGUCACAUGGGUCACAUGACCACCAUGGGCAGUCUUGGAGGUGGAGGCUUCACUUCUUUUUCCACCUCCUCCUUCGGGGGAGGAGGUGGAGGAGGCACGGGCAACUUCCGCUCCGUGUCCACCUCCACCAAGAUCAUCAACGGCAGGAAGAUAACCACUAAAAGAACUGUGGAGAACGGUCAGGAGCGGGUGGAGGUGGAGGAGGACGGCCAGCUGCAGUCACUAACCAUCAAUGGGAAGGAGCAGCUGCUGCGACUGGAACACAAGUGAAGACAGAAGAAUCGUCUGCUGGAGAAGUGUUACCUCAGCACAAACAUACCAACAAACUUGAGCUCGACACAGGAGGACAAAAGGCAACAAAACAAUGUAAUAAUAGUCUUCUGCUGUUGUUUGCAUGUACAUACUUAGGUUGUGUUUAUUUCCCCUCAUGUCCUCUCCCUGCUGACUCUUCUUCGUUAACCAAUGAUUCCCGUCAGAGGAUUUGGAUUGAGACUUUACUAUGCAUUUUGUUCUCGUAUUUCUGGAUUGAAGCUGUCGUUAUAUUUUGGCUCAGGAUGGUGUUAUUGUUUCAGUGUUUGGGACCACUGUGUUGUUUUGAUGUAAAUGACCAAACAGACAACCAAGCCCUCACCAGUACUUACUUUCUGUAUGCACUCCACCGUGUGUCUCACACACCGUGUUCAGAAAACGAAGCAUGACUUUGCUUUUUCAUCUGAAUAAUAAAAAAAGUAAAAGUGUUUAAUUUUAUUUUUAAAAAGUGGGAAGAAAUAACUGAAGCAUCUUCCCUUUCAUUGUUUACUGCUUGUCUAACCUUUUUCUUAGUAAUAAUUAUUUUUUAUUAAAAGAAAAUUCACAAUGAUGGUAGGAUGAGUUAUGCAAUUUUAUAUGUUCUAUUAUCAAUGUGUUUGUUAAUUUAAAUAUGCAUGUACACCUGUUGAUGUUAAGUCUUAAUGUUGAAGCUGCAUUAUGAUGCACAAAUAAUGGAAGGCAUUCUAUAAAUGAUAUAUGAAUAUAGAAGGAAUUUUGUGUACUUUGUAAACCAAUAAAUCUGAGUUUUAUCCUGUUUUCAGCACUAAA